AUGGCAGAGGCUGGCUUGGCCGGUGCUGCUGUAGCCGGCUUGGUGGAGAGAGCCCGGAGCCAUUCACGGUCACGGAAUCGGUCUCGCUCUCGAUCCAAGAGCAGGAUCAGGAAAGCACUUCCCGUCGUCGCAGCCGGCUUAGGAUCUGCUGUGGCUGCGAACAUUUGGGACAAGAAGAAGGAUAAAGAAGCAGAAGAGGAACCGCGCCGUAAAGACCGUCAUCGCUCAAGGUCGCGUGGGCGGGCGCCGUCAGAUAUUUAUCCCGACUCUACCCGUGACUCCGCUGGCUUAAUCGAAUACGGCGAUCAUCCAGUGCACGGGAGCAUCCCUGCCGCGAACUACUACGGCCGUCCGCCAAGCUCUCCGGGUUACCACACAGAUGCCUCUGACCGAGUCGCCAGGGAUGCUGGACUUGGCUCGGGACAUCGGGGUCGCACUCGUAGUCGCAGCCGCAGCCGUGCUAGAUUCAGCAGCAGCUCUCCCUCGAGCGAAGAAGACCGCCGUAGGCGCAGAAGCCGCCACAGACACCGCAGCCGCUCCCGCGAUUUGGCCGGAGCUGCUCUUGCAGCCACGGGUGUUGGGUAUGCAGCUCAUAAAUACUCGCAACAUCGGAAAGAGGACAAAGAGAGAGACAGGCAGAGAUAUGACAGCGAUGGACCGAGUCUUUUUGAGCAACCAUUCAGCCCCGGGCCAUACCCGCCUUCGCCUGGAACCGGUCCGGUAGACAGUUCUCAGUACAGACCUAAUAACUACUACCCUCCGCCUCCGGGUCCAGCUCCAGCGCCCGCGCCAGGCCCGGCACAUUACAACCCGGCAGAUUAUCCACCCCCACCCAACGCUGUACCUCCACAGCAGUACAGUUACCCUCCUCCUGCGGCAGAUGCGUACGCACCCCGGCCUCGGAGGGCAGAUGAGAAUGUGAGUGCUGCACGCGACUUCUCCUCUCCAAGCACACAAUCUCAACCCUACGAUGGUCUAGACUCUACCCGUCUAGCAACGCCGCGUCCACGUUCACGGCGCAGGCGGACGCGCGCCGGCAGCGAACCGCCCCAGUCCAAAUCUGUUGCCUUUGACGAUGAUCCGCAGACAAACGAGAAAACAACGGGAUACGAGACGGACGAUAGCGAUUCAACGGUUGAUGGAAUGAGUUCAGGUCGGCGCCGCCGUCGCCGUCACCACCGCCGUCACCGUUCUGACCGGCGCCGUUACUCAUCGUCCGAUCCCUAUGCGUCGUCGGCGAAAGACCGCAGCGCUGCACAAAUACAAAAACAAACAAGCGCCCCUGAAUCUGAUUCUGAUGCUACAAUCGACCUUCCUGACCGGUUUGACCGCGAUGGUCGUCUUCUUCCUCAACCAGGAGAUGAUCCGCUGGCCGAGAAGGUCGAGAGUUUGCUGAGAAAGUUCAACCGGGUAUUUAUAUGAUGAUUUGAGUCAUUUCUGUCCUUCUAUAGGCGGGUAUCUAGAUUUUAUUUCUUACACUUACUUGACGUUACCUAUGAUGACUUUGAUGUUUUGCCUUGAUGUUGAUGAUAUGCCCCUAAUCAUGACUCAUGACACGGCCUUGAUAUGAUAUACGAUUCAUCGUAAUAGCACCCUUCCUGAUUUAUAAUGAAUGCAGUCUGUA